AUUCUGCUGCUUUGUUAUUUUCAGAGAAGCCACAGAGGCAAUUUGUGCUGUCUUCUCUAAUUGUAACACAUUUGCUGUGUGAAAACAGUUCUGUGUUUAUAAGAACCCAAGUCCCAUUUCCUGUAUACAGUUAUGGGCAUACCUUGGCCCAAAUGAUGCUGAAGAUAUGGGCUUCUCCUCUCCCAUCACCCCAUGUUCAUUUAUGGCUUUGCUUGUAGUCCUGUAGGGGUUGUUCCGUCUGAAGAAAAGGAGGCUCAGAGGAGAUCUCAUUGCUCUGUGCAGCCAUUUGAAAGGAAGUUGUGGUGAGGUGGGGUUCAGCCUCUUUUCCCAGUAUGAAGAAAAGCAGAGGGCGGACAAGUCGAAAGAGAAGAAGAAAACACUUGCAGAGAUUUAUGUAUGGAGUCAACUGCAGUCACAAACUGGAAUACAUUAAACUUAAGAAGUGGCUCAAAGACAGAGGAUUUGGAGACAGUAGUUUAAGGCCAGCGCAGUUCUGGGGUACAGGAAGAGGACUGAUGACAACAAGAGCUCUUCAGGCAGGAGAGCUGGUUAUUUCAUUGCCUGAAAAAUGCUUAGUGACCACCAACACUGUCCUUAACAGCUGUUUAGGAGAAUACAUUAUGAAAUGGAAGCCUCCUGUAUCUCCUUUGAUAGCACUAUGCACAUUUUUAAUAGCAGAGAAGCACGCUGGUGAGAAAUCUCUGUGGAAGCCGUAUCUUGAUGUUUUACCCAAGACAUACAGUUGCCCAGUUUGUUUGGAGCAAGAUGUAAUACAACUGUUUCCCGAACCUUUAAGAAAGCAAGCUCAGGAGCAAAGAACAACGGUCCAUGAGUUGUACAUGUCUUCCAAGGCUUUUUUCUCUUCUUUGCAAUCCUUGUUUGCUGAGAACACGGCAACUAUUUUUAACCACAGUGCCCUGGAGUGGGCUUGGUGCACUAUUAAUACCAGAACAAUAUACAUGAAACAUUCCCAGAGGGAAUGCUUUUCUCUUGAGCCAGAUGUUUAUGCAUUGGCACCAUAUUUAGAUUUGCUAAACCACAGUCCAAAUGUUCAGGUAAAGGCUGCAUUUAAUGAACAGUCAAGAAGCUAUGAAAUUCAGACAAAUUCACAGUGCAAGAAGUAUGAAGAAGUAUUUAUCUGCUAUGGGCCUCAUGACAAUCAGCGACUGCUACUAGAAUAUGGAUUUGUUGCCAUUGAUAACCCUCAUAGCAGUGUUUAUGUCUCAUCAGAUACUCUCCUAAAAUAUUUCCCACCACUGGACAAGCAGAAAAAUGCAAAACUUUCCAUUCUGAAGGAUCGUGAUUUAUUAGAAAACUUGACCUUUGGAUGGGAUGGACCAUCUUGGAGACUUCUUACAGCCCUCAAGGUGUUAAGUCUUGGAGAAGAUGAAUUUACUUGCUGGAGGAGAGCACUACUUGGUGAUGUAAUUUCAGCCAGAAAUGAACAGCAGGCUUUGAAUAUAACAACAAAGAUAUGCCAUUUUUUAAUAGAGGAGACACAGCAUGUCCUUCUGCAGAUUUCCCAGAUGAAGAGGGACAAAGAGAACCUCAAAGAACAGCUGACUUUGGUAGAAGCACUACGCUUAGAAGAUCUGAAAAUACUACAAAAAUCAGCAGAGAUUCUUUGCAGCUUGAACGUGACAACAGUUUGAUCCACCUGGAGCUGUGAUAACUGUAGCUGAUCUCAAAUGGAUCUCAUUUGCUAUGGACAUGCCUUGAUCAACUGUUUUAAUGGACUUGGGCAGCAAAGAAUAACAAAAGUCAUCAUAAAGUGCCCAGCUUAGUUUACAGGAUCACAUGGGCAUUAAGGGCUUAUUUUGUUCUUUGCUGAUCUUCAGUAAUACAAAAGGUUAGCCCAGAGGGUAGGGAGGAACAUAGUCAGUUUUCAUCACACUUCAUCCAAAUCAUAAUUGCUUUGAGCAAAACAGCUUAUGGGGGUAAUUUGAGCAGCUCUAGGACUGGGGACUCCAGCAGUCAGACCCUCUGAUCCAUGCCUGUGGGGCAAAGGCAUAGAUCAGAGGGUCAGGCACACAUUCCUCAGGAUAUAUUUUGAGUUCUGGCACUUGACUGAGAGGGGAAGGAGGGAGCUACUUGUAUAUACCCAGAACUAAUCCUUUAUCUUUUCCCUGAGAUAUGUGCAUGUGCCCAAGAAUAAGUAGUUUGCAUAGUGUCAAUUCAUUAUGGGAGCAAUAAACGUGGACGGGAGCAAUAAAUGUGGACUGGAGCAGAGAUUGCAAUCAGCCCUUUUGAGACUGAUGCCAGGUUGUUCCCUGCACAGUAUCAGUUCAUGUUUCUUGAAUUUAAAGAAGUGAGAAUUUUUUCCUUUACUUUCAGAGCUUCCUCCAAACUCAUUAGUUUGUGUUCUGACUCCUCCUGCUGGAAAUGAGAACAGAAAGGAUGUAUCAGUUGAAAAGCCCACCCAGACAUUUCGUUCUAUUUUCUGUCAUUUCUGGUGAUGAUACUGACAAACGUUUUAAUCUUGCCUUCAAGGGCAUAUUCUCAUGAGCUACCUUUCAUUAUUAGUUCAACCUAAAUAAGGAGCUCAAGGUCCCUAUGUGAUUUAGGAGAAGGAAGCUUCUUCUAAGGGUGUUUCUGAGCAGGAUCCAUGUCUAAGCUUUAUAAACUUUGUAAUUGUUGUGUUGUAAUUAUUUCCCAUUGUGUGGGGAUUCAUAUUUUGUAAUUUUUUUAUUAAUACUUUUAGGCUUUUUAAAGAAUUGUGCUUUUAAAGAAUGUUUAUUUUUGAUUAAUUUUCUACAAGACUUUUAUCUAUUUUUUAAGUAAAUGAAAUUAUAUAUGGCAAUAAAGGCAUUCCAGCUAAUAUCAUUUAAAGAAAAAAAUGCAGCAAGUGAAAGCUUCUAAGAAAUAAGCUAGUAUAAAUGCACUUUCUGACUUUCUUUGUGAACAUUCAUCAUGAACAAGAGUGUUAUUGUAUAAACUUGAUUGGAUUUGAGGAUUCCAGGGGUUUUCCUCGCUGUUUCUUUUCUGCCUUGUUCUAGUUGGGACACAAAAUAUCUAUUUGUCAUCUCCCAGAAUUCUUGCAUCUCACUUAUGUCCCAGUCCUGUUGAUGACAUCU